AUGCGGAAGAUAAAUGAAUAUGCUCGUAUAAAUAUCAAGUUCAGAUUCAUCUCAUCAUCACAGCAACCAUCGAUCACAAUGAAGACACUAGUACUACUUUUUACUUUGCUAUUAAUUACUUUGGCAAAUUCGGCAACUUUAAAAGAUCGUAACGAAGAAAUUGAGCCCUCAGAAACCACAUUUUCUGAGGCUACGAUAGGUGAAAAAAAGGCCCCUGCAAUAAGCAAUAUUAGAAGAAAUGAUGAUGCUGGGAAUAGUGAAUUAUCUACCGACAACAGUUUUACAAACGGAUUAAGUGUGUCCUUGCCCGAAGAAAGAAGUAUUUCAUUAUUAAAAAAACCCAUAAUAGUUAAAAAAAAGGGUGGGUAUAAGGUAUAUCGUGAUUCGGAUGAAGAACUAGCUCAGGCUGAUCCAAAAGAAAAGUGUAGAAAAGAAGUUAAAGUAAAGCUCUGUGAAGAUGAAAGUGAAUCGAAUACUAAUCAAAUGAGACAGGAUUUACAAUUAGAUCCUAUUUCUUCAUUUGAAAUGGAACAUAGUAUUAAAAGGGCUAAAGAAGCUGUUGAAAAUUUUCAAAGGGACUUAAAAGUAAUGGAACGUAGUUCUACGAUAUCGGGCCCAAAAGAAAAUUCACAAACUGACGCAGAUACUGAAUUUCACAAGGAUAUAGAGGUAGCGAGACAAGUUCUUGAACAUAUACAUAAUAAUUUUGGAAAUUUACAGUCAAUGAGAGUUCAUGCAACCACAAUAAAUGAUGAAGAUAUAAGUAACAUUGAUUCGCCAAAAACUCGCAAGGUUAAUUGGGAGGAAAGAAUUCAUAAUAUUCAAAAAAAUAUAGAUGCUGGCAAAAACAUUGAAGACAGAUUUGUAGUCGAGAGAAAUAACAAUAACGAUGCAGAAAUUCAAGAAGACAUCGAUUUACAUAAAAUAGUCGAAAAAAAUGACUCAGACCCAAAAAAUUCUGGAAGUAUUGCUUUAGAUAGUAAAGAUACGGCAUCGUCAUGUAAGUCUCUAAUACACCAAGUUAAGGACGGUCAAAAUGAAAGUAGCUUGGGUAAAAAUAAGUUACAAAAUGUAAAAAUAAUGUCGAAACAUAACGAAGAAAACUCAGAAAUGUCUAUAACAAAAGAUAUUAACCCAAACAUUAAGUUACAUAGUGACAAUUUAAGAUUGGAACCAAAUUCGAAUGUACAAGUUACUCCUCAAAAACGGGAAAAUGCAUUAUUACUAAAGUCAACUGAUUCCUCGAUUGGCAUUGAUCAGAACAAUAUAGAAACUCUGAGUGAUGAUAACACACACGGAAAAAGGUCUAUGCCAAUUGACAUCAUGCUUUCUGAUACUAAAAGUUUAGAUGAGAAUAAAAAAGAAAAGAUUCAGUUAAACAAUUUACAUUUUAAAGAGAAAAAUUCUGAAAAUUCACACACUUCACUAUUUAAUGAUAUGAAAGCAGCUGAAAAUAUUUUAAAGAAUUUAAGAAUCAAAGAGGAAAACACACAAAAAAGUACGAAAAUAGACGGUAAGGAUGAUGAAAAUUUAAGGAAGUCUGAUGAUGUUAUGAAUGAAAAAUCUGCGACCAAAUUAAAUAAUAACAUGGUAAGAACUUCAUUACAGGACCCUAUUUUUACAAGUAAUGAUGAUGAAAGCAAGUUACAGACUAGUCAUUUGUUUCAGGUCAUCAAUACGGAGAAGGAAAAAAUACAGCAUAUGAAAUCAGUUGAAAAUGCAAAUGGCAAUAUUAUGACUUUGCCAUUUGAUGACCAUUUACACGUAGGGGCGCCAACAGGAGAAACUACAAACAACUUUGAAGUUGAACGUAUUCAAAAUCCUCAUUUUAAUUUAGAAAGAAAUGAUGAAAAUAAUAUGUUACUGCAUCAGCCAUUAAAAGAAAAUAAUCAAUUGUUAGAUCAGAUGAAAAUUGCAGAAGAAAAAGAUCAUGAAUAUGUGCAUAGGGGCAUUCACCAAUAUCAUGGUAUGAUAAAUGAUAAAAAUUUAAACAGAUUUGAAAUGUCGCAAAUACACGAAAAUGGUGAUCUAAGAAAUACGCCCAAUGAAUUAUCGGAAAUGCAAUGGGUAGAAAAUAACGUUCAGAAGCUUCAUAACAUGAGAAACGAUGAAUCAACCAAUGAUGAACAUUUAAAAAAGACCUCUUUUGUUGAACAUUCCCACCAAAUUCCCACGAUGAGGAGAAGUUCUCCCUCCAACCUUCAUAUGGAACAUGGAGACAUGCAAAUAAACAGUGCAUUGCACGAAUUGCGGAAUCAUGAAGGACAACUGACAAAUGGGCAAUUUAAUCAUCAAUUAAAUAACAGACCAACUUUGAGGCUCGAUACAGAAUUUGGAAAGAAAUCGUCUAUGGAUGGACAUCACAAUUUUAAUAUUCCAAGCACUCAACGUAUAGCAUCAGAAAUGAUCCCUGUUAACGCCAUGUUUCACCAUGGAAAAAAUCCUGAUAUGGAUAAUAUUGUACAAGCAAGUCAGCACAUGCAUAUAAGAGAAGCGUUGCAACCAGAAUACGCCCAACAGUGGUUUAACAAGCACGGCAUGAGCAGUCGAUCAAAUUACAUGCAACAACCGUCCAACGUACCGUCAACGGUAACUGGUAGCUACGGUAGUACUAGCUCAGGUGCCGUAGGCUUGUUCCCAAAUGCAAAUACCGGAGGUUGUGCAAUUCCACUACUACUCAGUUGUUCGCCUUCAGUUGUAUCCGGUACCCUAGCCAAAGGUCAUUCAUCCUACAGUGCGCCUUCGUAUAGAUCUAUGGACGAAUUUAGAUAUCAUAAUAAGCGGGAAACACAUAACGAAGGUAAAAAACUUGUCAAUAAAAAUCACCCCACAGUAAUUACAAAAUUGAAGGUUCAACCCGCUACAAAUAAAACACCAUGA